AUGGACAAGUACCUAACACACUCUGUAUCUGAAGUUGCAUCAGUUGCAUGGACCCAUUAUACAACUACAGAGAGAGCAGAGCCACUGCUUGCAAGACUCCACUAUCAAUCAGAUCUCAAUAACCUCACUAAAAGUGACAAUCUCAAUGAACAAGAUUGAAGUAUAUACCGGUACCCACUGAUGACCAACCAAGCUCUGAAGAUAGACCAUUUGACCCCUACACGGCCCAGUCCCUAGUUUGUGAGCUCAACAACCAGGUGAUGAUGUCUCAAGCAUUAGCAGCAGAAGCCACGUUCAUUACACAGCAAGCUACAUUUGAGGUACAAGAUCAGCCCCUCCGUCCAGAGGAUGAAGUCAGAGAAAUGCAAGUCCCCCCCCCCCCGGAAAAUAUUACGAUAGAAACUAUUGUAUCACAAAACACCACACGACAGCAAAGUGAUGAAGUCAUAGCAAUGCAAGACAACUCUCUGCAGUAUUUGGCCGAAUAUAUGGUUGGAAAAUUUCCGUAUCGUGUGCUUGUGCUGCCAAGACAAGGUUCACAGAGGUCACCAGUAGAGCACAUCCAAUGGACACCACUAUAGACGAACCUUCACCCAAAGAUCCUACAAUGGAUACACUAUUAUCAUCCGACGCAAGGAGACCAAUUGUCAACGAUGUCAUUGCAAGUACUGCAGGUGAACAGUCCUGACCGUGUCUGGAUACAGCUGGCUGAGUACCCAGAGCAUGACCUGCAGCUAUCAGUUGCCAUGACCACCAGUGACCCCAACACUAUGAGCAGAGGCGAGUUGAUGGUUGGACUGUAUUGUGCUGUGCUUGUGAGUGUUGGAGGCACUCAAGAGAGAGAAGAGGAUGGCUUCUACAGGAGAGCUAGAGUGACAGAGGUCAAUCGACCACACUACAUUGGACAGGCUACACUGGAGCUGAUAGAUUGUGGCUCAACGAUGCACAGUGUGUCACUCCUCUACAAGCUCCCCCACGGACUGAGAGUGGGCGUGGUCCCUCCCCACGGCUAUUGACGGCCUCUACUCAACAUUCAAUCACGGAGAGGAAUGGUUCCCACUGGACAAACAGCUACUAUAGAAACACCUACGACACAAAAUGGUGUUUGCCAAGGUUACCAGGAAACCAUCCGGGCUACAAGUUGGUGUCGUUCACCUCUACUAUGAUCGUGUUGGCAAGAACAGAGUAACUAACCUGCUCCUCACUAAAGGACUAUACCUCAGCUCCACCUCUCUGCUAGCCAAGACCACACCCACACCUUAAACCACCCCCUCACAAGCAGUGACCAAUCCCCCACGAUCAUUACUAUUUUGGUUCAGUUACCUCCUAAAGAACAAAACAAUCUUAUCUUCUCACGACCCUCAAAACAGAAACUAUUUGUGCACUGAAGAGACAUCAUCAAUGUCAGCUGCACCAGCUAACUUGUUUAAUGGCCUCAAAGUGUCUACUUGAGAGUGGAGGAGUUCAGUCCUCGUGCAGUGUACACUAGUGGCAAGGCCUCGACAGCAGCUGGACUCACAGCUGCCGUGGUCAAGGACGAGGAGAGUCAUGAGUUUGUUAUAGAGGCUGGCACUCUCAUG